AUUCGAUACUUUAAAACGAAACAGUAUAGUUAUGACCGUUCCAUUUAAAUAUAUAUAAAGGAAAUUAGAAUAUCCUUUGUGUGUUUACCUGUACGACGUAAACAAUAUCACAACUAGCGUGCUACGUCAUUUAAACAUACCGAAAGUGCCGUCAAUUAAUUUGAUUAAUUCGAAUUUUUUUACCCGAAAAACCAAUAAUCUAAUCUAUAAAUAAAAGUUUCAAAAUAACCGCUUCCGGCGCGCGUCGCGACGCUCACGCAUGCGUUUGAAUAAUCGAUCCGGCAUCCAAACAACUUCAACAGUGUUACAAAGAUGUCAACUUAUUGUUGCAUAUAUUUCCAAUUUUACAGCAACAAUGUCAGAUAGUGCUCAACAACGAUAUUGGGUGCCAUACAUUCUAUUCAUUCUGUUCGGAGAGGGUUCUUGACAGACAAGGAAGUAUGGUGCCGAGCACUUCUUCGCAACUCUUCACAGUUACCUAAUACCUGCCAAAUAAAAAAAAAAUGGGAAGCUCUUCCUCAAAGUUUAAGAAAUACCUUCAACAUGGCGACGAGUUUGCAGCGAUGCAAAUUUACCAAAAUUCACCCGAACUCAGAAAAAACCUUGACCCAAAUUUAAGUUACGGCGAAAGCCACAAUCACAAUACCGCUUUACACUAUGCAGCAAAACACGGAAUGAAGCACCUACUGAGAACGUUCCUAAAUGACUUGGGAGGGAAUCCUAACAAGAAGAACGGAUCGAAUGAGACCGUUUUGCAUUGUUCGUGCCAACUAAAUCAGAGCAAGGCGUUUAGCGCACAAGAACGACGAGCUGCGUGCGUGCAGCUGCUGGUCUACUGGAAGGGUGUUCAUUUGAAGGAGGGUGGAAGAGAAAAAAUCGACCUGGCCGCGCAAGACAAGGAGGGAAACACGGCGUUACAUUGGGCCGCUUCGACAGGACUGAAGAGAUGUGUCGAAUUAUUGUUAGGUCAUGGUUCGCCGCUUUUUUCUGAAAAUAACGACAAGUUGACACCUUGCGAUUUGGCUAUGCGGCAGUCGCAUCACGAUAUUGCGAGGCUAUUGGAAAGUAAAAUGGUUUUUGGCGAUAACGUAAACACUGUAAACGAAGACGAAUUUUUAAACGGGCAAGAGGAGGUUUAUAGUGGACUAAGAAGUCAGGAUUUGCAGGAAGCUAAGGAUCAACUUUUAGUUGAUACAUCCGAUAUGUUAAAAAUACCCUUAUUUACCGCCGAAGCACUUUUAAGAAACAACGAUUGGUCAAGAGAGCUGCUGUUGGAGAAAUGGAUGAAGGAUCCGGUCGAGUGUUGCCAGUUGGCCGGUGUGCAGGCGCCUAGUUCCGCAUUGCAACACGGUAACUCAUGGGAGUCCAGUACGUCUUCGGAGACUAACGAAUCUUUUUAUAAACCGGAAAUUAUGUGUGAAAUUUGUUUUUCGUUGAUGUCUGAGUGGGAGCAGUCGAUACUGAUGUCGUGUCAGCAUAUAUUUUGUAAACAUUGUUGGGAGAGUUAUCUGACUAUUAAAAUACAGGAUGGGGAUGCUCAUCACAUUAUGUGCCCAGCCUAUCAGUGCCAUAUUUUAGUACCGGUAGAACUAAUUGAACGGUUAGUCAGUCCUGAAAUGGCCAGAAGGUAUUUGCAGUUCGAUAUUAAGGCAUUCGUCGAAAGCAAUCGAAGUAUCAAAUGGUGUCCGAUUGCAGGCUGUGGAAGGGCCGUUCGUCUUCCAGAAACGGAGCAAUACGAAAGUAAAAAUCCAAACAAAACUGUUCCCGAAAGUUCGCACGCUGUUGAUUGUGGGAACGGCCAUUUCUUCUGUUGGGAAUGUCUGGGUGAAGCGCACGCCCCAUGCGGUUGCAAACAGUGGCAGGAGUGGCAGCUGAAAAUCGCAGAGAUAAAACCAGAAGAACUGAGGGCGUCAUGUACUGAGAGCGAGGAUGCUGCUAACUGCCUGUGGUUAGUUACAAAUUCGAAGCCGUGCCCUAACUGUAAAAGUCCAAUUCAAAAAAACGAAGGGUGCAAUCAUAUGAAGUGUUCAAAGUGCAAAUUUGAUUUCUGUUGGGUCUGCCAAGAGUCUUGGAAAAAGCACAGUUCAGCGACCGGCGGCUAUUUCCGUUGCAAUCGAUUUGAAGCCGUGCACAAAGCCGACGAGAAGCAGGGUAGCUUAAUUUCCGAGGCGGUCGAUCGAAAUAAUCAAAUGCAGGAAAUGUCUCGCUUUUUGCACUAUUACACUCGAUUUCGCAAUCACGAGAAUAGUCAAAAGCUGGAAGAACCGCUUCUAACUGGUGCAAGGCAGAAGAUGGAGCUUUUGGCGAGUAGUUUAGGUUUAAAAUGUACAGAAGAAAAUGGUGAAAAGGGCACAAAAUUCGUAGAGGAUGGGGUUAGAGAGCUUUUAAAGGCGCGAAGGGUUUUGUGUGGAUCAUACGUAUACGGUUACUAUCUAGAGGAUGAUGGAUAUAACAAGACAAUAUUUGAAUUUAUGCAGAACGAGUUGGAGGAGGUGACUGAGAAGUUGAGUGAAAUGAUCGCUCGUCCAUAUUUACGUACGCCAAAAUCUGUGAUAAUUCAAACCUCAAAUUUAGCUAGAAGAAAACGGCACGAAUUCGUACGUGCCGUCGCUCAAGGUCUUAUUCCAGCUGAAACACCCCCAGUACAAAGAAAGCAGCGCAAACGAAAAUAUAUCGAUGGAAAAAAGCUGAGUCAUUCGUAUUCAGAGGCGAGUACUUGGUUAAAAAAUGCUGAGUGGCCUGACUAUGACUCCGAAGACGACGAAGAUAUAAUUUCCCGAUCACAUAGUCGCGGCUCUCCCGUCGGAAAAGAUCAUCAGUGCACUCUCCAAUGCAACUGGAAAAAUUGUGGAAGAUUCGGACUAUCGUCGGAUUACAACGUAGAAUUAAUCAUAGCGUUAGAAAUGUCUCGUUUGCAAAUGAUUGAAGAUCGAAUGAAACAAGCAAUCACCAUUACGCCAGAUGCCAGUUCUAGUGCACCAAAUAGCAAUGUGGAGACCAACGAUGACCAGCUGAAAUUAGCCAUACAAUUAAGUUUACAAGAUUUUUCUGGUAACAAUACAAGUAAACCGCCACGAUUAGAACAGGAAGCCAGUUGCACUACCAGAUCGUAUCAAAAGACUAGUGCAGACAUCACAGUCGACAAUUUUUUAAAGUCGUUGGCGAACCAAAAAAUUGAUUUUAAACAAUUAGAGGUAAACUUAAGUUUGAUGAACAGCGAUUGUGCUAAGGACUGGACAAAAGACGAAAAUGAAUAUUUCUUUAAACCGUGCAAUGGAAACGAAGACGGGAGGUUUCAAAUAUCGGAUAUACACGAGAAUGGCUUUACGUUUGCCGACGAAGACGAUUUCGUAGCCGAUAUACGGUUAAAGAGGUCACACUCAACCGGAGAUCUUUGCGUGAGGAAAGCCAACAGGGAUGCCCGAGCUAGAAUGGAUGGAGAGGAGCCUAGGUACCAUCUGGAUUCAGACCACAGCAUACAACAUGACGAAAAGCCAGAGGAUGUGGGACGUAAGGCUGUCGCGACGAAUGCAGCGGAGCGUGCGAAGCAGUGUCGGUUUCUGAAUCAAACUCACCCCGAAGAGAAAUACUAUGAAGGACAAAGUUCUGCGGAGGAUACCACGAUAUCGGAUUCUAUAAAUGCCGAUGUGGAGGUGUUAGGGUUAAGUGACAGUGCUCCGAAUGAUGAAAACAAGAGCUGCGGCGCCAGUGACGCAAAGGAUUUUCUACCCGCUUCAAUUUUUCACGAUAAUCUCCCCAAAGAAAAUGAGAAAAAUGACAUAUCAAAGAGCGAACAGGUUAAGAAACAAAACAAGUUUGCAUCGUUAAAAGCGAAGUUUUGCGCCACACACCUACCGAAACGUUGCGGUUUAACAAAGCUAGCGAUCAACAAGAGUAUUGAACUUUUGAACGAAACCAAGUCCUGCCAUCACCAAAGCAAGGAGCACGCGGUGGUUGUGCAGCAGAAGCUCUCUCUGUUAACACGCAAUGGCAACGACGUCCCGUGGAAAGUAAAACAUAGUCAGGACCCAAAUAUUUCGAAAUCGACAAGCUUUCUAGUGGAUAGUCACGUAGACGCAAACGCGAAACACUCAAAUUUGCGAAUAAAGAUUUGCAAAAAUUCCGCUGCCAAAUGCAAUAACGUAUCCGCUCUGGAAACCGAUAGCUCCAACGAGUACGAAUCAGAAACGGGCAUCCCGAAAUCACCGACCCUGUUUAUCUCAGGUGUUUCAAUAUCGCGAACACCAGAACCAAAAUCUCCAGGUCUUAGCAUAGUAUCAAAUGGUAGACAAUCUAGAUCGUCUAGUUUAAGUGUUCCUGUGCCUCUAUCUUCGUGUUCGUUAAAUAUUUCUAGUAAUAGUCUGAACAAUUCCUUACCUCCUUCGUCUUCGAUUUACUCAAACACUACGAGUUCACACGACAACGUACAGAACAGUCCUAAACACAAUCCAUCACAGUCGAGUAGUCCGGGCGUAGAACAGACGAAAUCGAAGAGUGCUAGUGAACCGGAACGCGAAAAAGAAGUGUUCAGGUUUCCGAAAUCUUCUACCGAUGGCGCCUUAAGUUCCGUACUGCACGUUCAAGAAUCAAAUUUGAGUUCAGACGAUUUUCACGAAGCGCUAUUUUUACUGGAAAGAUCUCCGAAAACGCGAGAUUCGAAACGACGAAAGCGAUCUAAGAAAAAGGAGAAAGACGAACGAAAGGAAGACGUGAGUUCCGCUUUAUGAACAAAUAAGACUGCUAGUUGUUACUAUUAUUACUUAUUAGCAGUUUUGUGAUCCGUUAGAGAUAUGUAUCUGUUACAUGUGCCACUUCUAUGAAUGUAUUAUGGGAAACGUUUUAUACCAAAUAAUUGUAUUAUCGCAUAUAUUAAUGUUAAUUCUUUUUAUCGGUUUUUAUUAACUUUUUGACGUUGGUGUUGUUAGAUACGCGAGGUUUGAUAUUUAUGUCUAUCAAGGGUUGUAAACGAUAUAAGUAGGUAGUUAUAAUUCAAUUAAAUUACACAUAUGUGAUAUUAUAAUGGCCUAAUUGUGUAACUUAGUUGAUCGCCGCGACAACAGUUGUAUUUUGUUUAUUUUCAGGACUGUUUACAUUUAAUUAUUCGACUGUUAGUUUGUGAUUUUUUAUAGGUGAUCGAUAUGGCUGCAAAGUUUUAUAGUACCCGUGCAUUUAAUUUUUUCAGCAUUAAACAAAUAUCAUAGCUAAAAACUGGAAUAUACCUACACGUCAGUAAUUUUAAUUAGUCUAUAUCGUUUAUUUUAAUUUCCCAUAAUUUAUAUAAAACAAAGUACCAGACUAUUAGUGAUUCUUAUAACAAAAAGACUUGAAAAUGUAGUUAUUUUGCAAUUUGUAUUGAAAUUUUCGACUUUGUAAAUUUAUUUAUUAAUUUUUUUAAUAAAUUAUUUUAUGAC